GACAUCACAAGGAAUAAGAGAAGUAGCAGCAGCCUCGUUCAAUAAAAUUGGCCGGGGCUAUACUCGCGAUGUCGGACGGCAACGGGAAACUCGUCGAGGUUGUGGUGGACGAAAAAGAACUCGUACAUGGCCAGGUAGAAGAAGACAAUGACGACGAUAUCGAAGAAGUCGGCGAUGUUGUAGCAGGCGGAGAGGGUAAGAAGAAAAAGAAAAAGAAAAAGAGUAAAAAGAAGAAGGUCGAGCAAAGCGAUCCUCCCCGUGUCGGCUUGUCGAAGAUUUUCCCUGACGGUCAUUUCCCUGAAGGCGAAAUUCAGGAAUAUAAAAACGACAACGUAUGGCGUACGACCUCAGAGGAGAAACGGUACAAUGAACGCCUAGCAAUGGAAGAUCCGGAAACCACAUAUGACAACAUCCGCCGUGCUGCCGAGGUCCACCGUCUUGUGCGAAAACAUGCGCGCAAGUUCAUCAAGCCGGGUAUGAGCAUGACAGAGAUUGCAGACAAUAUCGAGAACGGGACCCGUGCGCUUGUUGAAGAGAAUGGGCUCGACUCAGGUAUUGGCUUCCCUACUGGGCUAAGUCUGAACAAUUGCGCUGCGCACUACACGCCAAACGCCGGCGACACUAUCGUCCUGCAGAAGGAGGAUGUGCUGAAAGUCGACUUUGGAGUGCAUGUCAGGGGCCGAAUCCUUGAUUCGGCAUUUACUCUCACUUUUGAGCCCACAUACGACAAACUCUUGGAGGCUGUCAAGGCUGCGACGGAUACCGGCAUUCGGGAAGCAGGCAUUGACGUGCGACUAGGCGAAGUUGGAGCUGCUAUCCAAGAAACGAUGGAGUCAUAUGAAGUUGAGGUCGGCUCCAAGGUCUAUCCUGUGAAGGCAAUUGAAAACUUGAGUGGGCACUCCAUCAACCUGUACCAAAUUCAUGGCGGGAAGUCCGUGCUUUUGGUGAAAAACGAUGAUCAGACUAAGAUGGAGGAGGGUGAAUACUUUGCCAUUGAGACAUUUGGGUCGACUGGUCGUGGUCGUGUUGUAGAAAGCGGCGACUGCUCACACUACGCUAAGGUGUUUGAUGCACCACAUGUUCCUCUUCGAUUACAAUCGGCAAAAUCGUUACUCAAAUCGAUCACAAAGAAUUUCGGAACUCUGCCAUUCUGCAGAAGAUACUUGGACCGUGCUGGAGAGAGCAAGUACUUGCUUGCUCUAAACCACCUAGUCGCGCAAGGAAUCGUCCGGGACUACCCGCCUCUAUGUGACGCGCGGGGGUCCAUGACGGCACAAUUUGAGCAUACCAUUUUGCUUCGCCCCACAGUGAAAGAAGUGGUCAGUAGAGGAGACGAUUACUGAGCGGGAUUUGUACACGAGGUCGACAGCUACAUCCUUGUGAUAUAUACGGAAAAUCUCAGUAUGUUCUUGUAUCUUUUCGGUGCAC